AUGAGAUUCUCGUGGCCACCGCCUAAUUAUACCAAUCCCGUGUCUCGUGGGCCAACCCUUCUUAUUGUCGAGUCCAUCACUCUUUCAAUUGCCCUUUUGUCUCUAGGUCUGAGGUUCGGGUGGGAUGACUGGCUGAUGGUAGGCUCGGCGGUCUUCGGUACAAGCGUCGCGACUUGUGUCGUCCUGGCAUUUGUUCGGUACGGCUGGGACGUUCAUGUCUGGGAUCUGACCGAAUCCAAAAUGAUAUCCGGGCGGCAGGUCUCGCUUGCCGUCCAGGCCCUAUUUGUACCGGCCACCUCUCUGGCCAAGCUAUCCACGAGUGAAGUGGCCGCUAUGGUGUUUGUUGUGGUGUUAAAUAUUGUCUUCCUGAUAGUCUUGUUUACCGAAUGCAUCGAUUAUGACUGCGUCUCCGAGGCGGGUACCUUAUUGGCUCAAGCCAGCACGACGGCGCUCGCCGAUUUCAGCGUCUGGGUGUUGCCGAUGCCGUGGCUGUACCGGGCCAAGCUACCGCUACGUCAGUGCCUCGCCGUCAUCACGCUCUUUAGUUUCGGUCUUCUCGUCGUCGUAGCCGCCAGCAUCCGCACCUAUUGGAUCCACUUCGUCGUCCAGGAGACAUAA